CCCGGUCGUUCGAAUACGUUGAACGACUCGGCCAAUGGGCGUUGUCAAAGCGAGACCAGAGACUGCGGUGCCCAUAGCAACGCAACGCUGACGUCCAUUCUCUGCUUGGAGAGUAUUAUGGUCUGUCGGGAAUUCAGAGUGGCUGGGACUGGAGGCAAAUAUCUGCCCUGCUAGCGCUAGGAAGCUAACGGUAGGUAGCACUGGAGUAAACAUGGAGCUGUCUGCCGUCGGGGAGAGGGUGUUCGCCGCCGAGUCUAUCAUCAAACGCAGGAUAAGGAAGGGUAAGAUCGAGUACCUAGUCAAAUGGAAAGGCUGGUCUCCCAAAUACAGCACAUGGGAACCAGAGGAGAAUAUUUUGGACGUCCGCCUGUUUGCCGCCUUUGAGCAGAGAGAACGCGAAAGGGAGCUGUACGGGCCAAAGAAGAGAGGCCCGAAACCCAAGACGUUUCUGCUCAAGGCUCAGGCUAAAGGCUCCGCCAAGUCUUAUGAGUUGAGGCAUGAGGCAGUGCGAGGAAUGCACAUCACCUACCCGACCUCAGAGCCUGCCGUGACCCCAAGGACCAGAGAGGGCCUGCGAGCUGUCGUUCCCACUAUUUUCCCACCCAUGGCUGUUAACCGAGGAGACGGCGUACACGUCGGACCACCGGAAGUGACCCUUGAGCACCGUCAGGCCUUGCGUCAACCCAACACUGGCAAGAGAGCCCCAAAGCUCUCGGAGUCUCUGCAGACCGGCAAGAGAAAAACGGAGGAGCAUGCCAGCCACAGGCCUCACAAACUGCUGAAAGUUCCGAACGGUGAAGGUAUGAGGUUGCUUUCCCACAAAUACCCUGAGAACCACGGCCAUAAACCCCACCAUCGUCGUCAUCAUCCACACAAGCGGGGAAUGACAGCUGGGGGAUCCUACAAGCAGCUUUACUCGCACAGUGACACACACAGGACUAAGAAGUGCUACUUGGCACCCGGCCACUCCAAGCAGCAGUUCCCGCCCGUGGAGAAGCCUUACUUCCUGGACAGGCCUUCCCCGACUCGGCUCGACGACGACUUGGACCAAGUGACGUGGCGGCCCGCUCUGUGCAGUGUCGAACAGGUCCUGGUGACGGACGUGACCACCAACUUGCUGACUGUCACCAUCAAGGAGAGCAGCACUUCCAAAGGCUUUUUUAAAGACAAGAGAUGACUUAAAAGAAUUCAGCAUCAUUUGGGGUGUAAAACCGAACUUGUGUCCAAACUUUUUCCUCUGAGGGCCUCAUAAAAUUGAAAGAUUUGAUACCUUUUUGUAAUUUAAAGAUGCUAAAAGCAAUAAGAAAUCCAAUGUAUGUGCUCAGCUAUCUGAACAAAACAUCCUAGCUUUGUGUUGGAAAGCAAAUUAGUUGAAUACCUAAAAAUAGUUUAAAUAAAUGUAUAUUUUUAUAUGUUGAAGGCUGACUUUGGACACCCUGCUGUGUUAUAUACAUAAAAGCAAAAUAUGUAAUACACAUAGAUAUAUUUGUACCUAGUUUAAUGUACUGACCAAAAUUAUAUCAGCCUUUUUUUGUGUGUGUAACCGCUUGUAAAAUUUGAGAAACAUCAAAAUGUAACAAGCACAUUUUUUCCAUCCCUUCUUUGGGUUGGAAUGUUUUGCUGUAAUUUAAAAUGUUUAGACUGCACCCAAACUGCUUAAUUUUGUGAGGUUCUUUAAAAAAAAAAAAUAAACAUGUUCCUACAAUUUGUUUUGAAAGGUAUGAAACUCUACAAGGUGUCCCUAAAGUUCGGACAUGUAAUCUACAUAAUUCAUACAAAACAUGCUCAAUAAUGCAGCGAAAUUCAGUCAUUGUUAGUUUAAAAAAAGAACAGCUAUAAUUAAAAUUAACAAUAAUUAUAUGGUACAUAUAUUUAUGAUUGUAAGAUGUAAAUUAUGUGUCCAGACUUUCGCUGCCCCCAUACCCACACGUGCAUUUGUCCCAUUUUCAGCAUGAACAUUCCAAAUAUUAAACUUUUCUGAAUGUAAGAAAAUCCUAUCUUCAUUUUUUGUACUAACGGCUAGUUUACACUGUUUUAAGAGGCUUUGCAACAAAUAAAAACAU